GUCAAUAAUGUAGAUUUGAGUGUGGGUGUAAUAUUUCCUCCCAGCCGGCAGAUGGCGACACUGUAUCAAAUUAAACCACGAGUUUUGAAGAGACACUCACGCGUAUCAUGUGAGCAAGCACACAGCGCUUCUCGUGUAUUACGUUGUAACUACAUUUUACGGUGAACAUUAAGACCCCUCGACUACAACAACUCGCCCGCGUGUAUCCAGAAACCUUAUAACCAUGUCGACAGUUUUCUCCUUCCAGACACAGCUCUUCUCCAUCAUGGACGCGUUAUCCAAAACAGCUGUAAUGGAAAUAAGCAAACUCGUCGAUAUCGAGUCGAAGAUGCUGAAAAUAGAGAUAACUCGAGGGCGGAACGAAAUCGCCUCGCUCACAGAGAAACUGCAACUGAUGGAGAAAUUGCUUUAUAUUGCACAGGGGGGCAGGCAGGACGCAGCAACAGCAGCAUGCUCAGUGGUGAGGGACUGUUCAGAGGACGGAAUAUUGGAACCUGACCGGACAAGACCUGCCAUAAAAAGUGAGAGUCCAUGGGAAUGCACAACUUCGUCCACUGAGAGGAGCGGUUUGCAUCAAGGUGAAGAGCAUGCCGCAGCUGAACUUCCAAAUCCACCUAAAGAGCAGCCUGAACUGAUAGUGGUAAAGGAAGAGCCGUCAGAGUUUGACAAUGGAGACAAUGAACUAGAUAGGAGAAGCGAAAACAGAAGGGAAGCGGUCACAGACACCCAGAGGAGUCCAGAAGUGAUGCAGCCUCCCAAACCUGUCGCCGGCCGUCAGCAGCUUCUGUUCACUGAAAGCUUUGUGACACUAAACACCCAGUCGUCUCUCACUGGACCAGGGAGGAGGGAAACACAGUGGAGUCCACAGCUUACACCUGCACACACAAACCUAGAGGCUGGGAAAAGCUUGGCUCAAAAUGUUGCCUCCCAAAGCUUAAGUGCGCUCAGGAAUAUGAAGCUUCACAACUUGAGGAACUCGGCUGCUAAGAGGUUCGGCUGCUUGCAGUGCGGCAAGAGCUUCAGAUGCUUUAGCCAGCUUGAAAUACACCAGAGAAGUCACACAGGAGAGAAGCCGUUCAGGUGCACACUGUGUGGAAAGAGAUACGCACAAAAAGGGCAUCUGUAUACACACCAGCGCACACACACUGGGGAGAAGCCAUACCGCUGUCCUAUUUGUGGAAAGGGCUUUAUUCAGAAAUGCACUCUUGAUAUGCAUCAGCGCACACACACCGGAGAAAAACCUUUUGUUUGUAUCAAAUGUGGCAAGGGUUUUACAAAGAACUGUAAUCUAAAAAAACACCUUGCAGUACAUCUGGAUCCUAGUUUGAACAUGUAUGGUAGUGAAUCUAGUGCACCGACAUUUAGUGGGACAUUCAUAAACGGAACCACCCAACGCUGGGAAUCUUGUCAAAAUUUCGAAAUAUUCGGCCUCCCUGUUAAGAUGAUGUGCGACACCACAAACCGAAGUUUUCGGACACAGUUAGCCGCUAUCCUGGACAAGCUAACGAAGGUGGCUUUGGUUGAAAUAGGCAGCCUGGCUGAUGAAUGCUCCUCCGUCCUUCACACCGAGAUAUCCCUGCACAAGACGGAGAAUGAGGCGCUAAAGAAGAGGUGUUACUCACUGGAGGUCCAGCUGAGAGCAGCGAGGGAGGCACAGACCUACCCGGCACAUGUCAAUAAUGUCAGCCGCCAGCACCUUGCAGAACAGCAGCAGCUUGCUCCAGCCAUUGACGGGGUUUUUGGAAAGGACUGGUGCAUGGAUCUGUGGAGAGAAGAGAAAAUCCCCUCUCAAAGAAAAGACACAGUAGAGCCUGCUGCUAUGACAAGCAUGGGAACACAGGCAAUAGACUUAAUGGAGAGAGACCCUGAUCUCAUCUUUGUUAAGGAGGAGACAUAUGAUGAUCAUCCUAUUGGCCUGCAGAUGAGGCUCACUGAUAACAGAAAAAUUGUUGGAAUGUUUGAGGAGGACAGCAUGCUUCAUAGAUCUGUUGAUGAGCUGCAGCUUCACUCAGGGGAAUUAAACAACUUCUCCAUGACGGCUGACAGUCAAACACAACAACGCACACAGACUACAAUUAUGGACAAGUUAAUAGAUGAUGCAACAAUGAUCACUCUGGUUGACAACACAAAUCCUCCGUCAGACACCGCUGAAUACUCGGACUAUACGAACAAUAUCCACAUGAAUGCAACCAAAGAACUCACCAUUCAGUCAAAACUUGUGAAGCCACCAAAACAGUUUCAGUGCUUAUUCUGUGGGAAAAUAUUCAACUAUUUGAGCAGUUUAAAAGUCCACAUCAGGCGACACUCCGGUGAGAAACCGUUCAACUGCUCAGUUUGUGGGAAGCGGUUUGCUCAGAAAACGUACCUGAAACUGCACCAGCGUGUGCACUCAGGGGAGAAGCCUUACAGCUGUCCAGACUGUGGCAAAAGCUUUUCCCAGAAAAGCUCUUUGAACAUACAUCUUCGAACACACACUGGUGAAAAGCCUUAUAACUGUGUGGAUUGUGGGAAAUGUUACGCAUACAAGUAUGGUUUAAAUCACCACCAGUGUUUCAAUUGACUGAUCAAACCACAUGGUUAUUGGGAGUCUAACUCUGAUACUUCUACUAAAGUGCUCUCUGUGUUGCUCAAAGUGGCUCAGCAUGUGCCGGAAUGUUUAUGUGAAACUCAAAUGUGGAAAAAAAUAUUUUAUUUGAAAUACUCAUCUAUAUCAAAGAAAAGCUAAUUUUGUAGCCCAUAUGGUUAACAGUGCUGCUAUAACAUCUUAGCUUGUUUGGUGUUUUUAGCUUUAAUUUGAAGAGAAAUGCUGCAGCAGCCAAAUAAGGGUACAGAGAAUAGCUGUCCUUCUGUGUACCGUUUGAAUGGGUGGGAUUCGGUUUAUUUGAUUAGUUAGGGGGUUUAUUGAUUAACAAGCCUUUGAAGUCAUUUUCACAUCAUGAUUGCUAAGUGUCAAAGAUCAGGUAACACACAUUUGCUGCUUACAUUUAAAACUAUGACAAAAAAUACUUCAAUUUCAUUCAUUGCAUGUUGUCAUAUGGUUGGUGUUACAUGUUAUACAUACCUGUCAUAUUUCAGACUACAAAUAGCUUGUGUCAAAUAAUGCCAAAAUAAUUACUGUGGACAAGUGCUCCAUUGUUUGCACACAUGUAGCAGAAACCUUCAAAACUACCUCUUCACAACAAUGUAGAAGUAAAACACCUAAUUUCAUUGCCCUAGUCUUACCACUGCUUUAUAUUUCCCAUUUGUCAUGCCUCAUUUCUUGGCAUUUAACAGGACAGAAAGUCGGUAGGCCUAUCUCUUUAAAAAACAUGACUGUUAAAUAGAGAUGUUGGUGUAUAUAAGUCACAUACAUUUCAAAUGAGUUCCAGGAAUUGUUCAGGUCUAGAUGCCCGUUUUAAAAUGGAUUUGUAUGGUUGGUUAUAUUAGACAAAUUGUGUUGUCAGUGUGCAGUCAAGCCAAACUCUUAGUUUUUUUUCUAAAUGUUAACCAUUUCUGUUGAAGAAAUCACAUUUUUUAUGCUGUACUAAACUGUCACCACACCUAAACAAAGCAAUUAUCUGUACUAAGCACCUGUUUUGCCUGUAAUAAUAUGAUUCCCCUGAAAAGACCACGCUGGCCCCACUGAGUAAAUUAUCCCUACCCAAGAAAUCUUUUGGUGUUGGAUUGUUUUACCCGUUCACUCAGAACUGCAUGCCCAUUACACAGCCCCAUCAAAUGUGCAUUGUUCAAGUUGAUUAUGUAAAGACUCCGCUAAUAAAACUGAUUCCUCAAGUUCAAGACAACUUGAGUUUAGAUUAGACAAAAUGUAACUCAUACUUUAGAAGGAGAGUUCUAUCAAAUAAAAUUUUAAUCAGUAAGUGAA